AUGGAGAGGAAACCAACUGUGGCCGAGUUAAGUCCUGACAGAUCUUCAUCCCCCAUCGUGUUUACUGGUAGCAGUGUAAAGCUUCAAAAGCAGCUACCCAAUAAAAUUCAAGACCAGCAAUUUAAAGAUGAAAGUAGAUCUUCAGAAGGUGCUGAAGAGGUGCAGGUCGGAAUUUUCUCUCUAUCAGAGGCUAUAAAAAAAGCCAGUGAUUUGUCGCGUGAAAAGAAAAGGUUGCAAAGUCACAUUAAAAACUUGCAGGAACACGUUUCCGCUGUCGAAGAGCAACUAGAACAGAAGCAAGGCCAGUGUGAAAUGGUGAAUUCACAGUUAAAAGACAAGGAGCAACGACUAAAAGAGGCACUUGAAUACAUUUCGGCGCUAAAAGAAGUAAUGCGAAUUGAAGAUGGACGACACUCAUCUGCCUUGAAAAAAGCUUGUUCCGACCAUGAUUCUGUUAAAAAAGAACUUGAAAGUUGUACAAAUGAAUGUAUUGGUUACCUUAAUCAAUUGCUUGAGGCGCAAGCAGAUAGUAAAGCCAUUGAGAAAGAUAAACUUGAAUUAGAGGGAAAUGUGAAUGUGACAAUCGGUGCACUUCAAGCCGAAAUUCAACAGCUUAAACUUCAUUUGGAAACUUCUUCUGCAGAACUCUCCGCUGCAGGAGAAAAAGCGUUGCAAUUUCAAGAGAAAAACGAGCAAGAACUCGAUAGCGAAAGAGCAGUGGACACUGCAACUGAAAUCUUAGCAGAGGAGAAGUUAAGUGGUACUAAAAAUGCUCUGGAGUUUCAAGUGAAUGAAUUGCAAGAAAAUCUAGAAGUAGUUCAACAUCAAAAUGAAUCAAUCAAACAAGAACUCUACAGUGAACCAUCAGCCCACAGUGAGACCAAAUCUCCCUUGGAAUUAUGCCAGAAUCAAUUAGAAGAAGGUCGCAAUCGGCAUUUAUUGGAAUUGUCCAAGGUACAGAAUACUGUAAAUAUUUUGAAGGAUGAGAAAAAUGCACUGCAAUCUCAAGUCGACGAGUUCCAGCAAUAG